AUGGAACCUGGCCCUGCUCUGGCCUGGCUCCUGCUCCUGAGCCUGCUGGCGGAUUGUCUGAAAGCUGCUCAGUCCCGAGAUUUCACAGUGAAAGACAUUAUCUACCUCCACCCUUCAACCACACCAUAUCCUGGUGGAUUUAAAUGUUUCACCUGUGAAAAGGCAGCAGACAAUUAUGAGUGCAACCGAUGGGCUCCAGACAUCUACUGCCCUCGAGAGACCAGAUACUGCUACACUCAGCACACAAUGGAAGUCACAGGAAACAGUAUCUCAGUCACCAAACGCUGCGUCCCGCUGGAAGAGUGCUUAUCCACUGGCUGCAGAGACUCCGAGCAUGAAGGCCACAAGGUCUGCACUUCUUGUUGUGAAGGAAAUAUCUGUAACUUGCCGCUGCCCCGAAAUGAAACUGAUGCCACAUUUGCCACGACGUCACCUAUAAAUCAGACAAACGGGCACCCAUGCUGUAUGUCAGUGAUAGUGUCCUGCUUGUGGUUGUGGUUAGGGCUCAUGUUAUAGCAGCUCAGUGGCUUCAUGUGUUAAUAGCGAUCCAUGGGGAUCUCGAUGGUCCACAGUCCUGCAUGAGUCAUUGGCCUGACAGU